UGUGUGUGUGUGUGUGUGAUGCCUCAUCCAGUCCACCUUUUUCCUCCUCUCCGCCGCAGCGCAGCUUCUGUUCGGAGCGACACCGAGCAUCUUUAAUUGAUGGGGAUCAUGCACGGUGGGCUCUGACCACGUCGUCCACCAGCUCAGCCCAAGCUGCGACACGACGCUUGCCGCUCUGAUUGGAUGCUAUUGUCUCCAUUCUCCUCGAUUACGGUGCGCCUUACCCGAUUCUUGGACCCCCCCCCUCUCGCCCCCGCCCCCCGCCUUUCCUGCUUUUUUGGAAACAAUGCCGGUGAACGCGCUGCCCCGAGGCGGCAGCAGCGGCAUCAGCGGCCCGGGAUCCCUGAGCCCCGCGUCGUUGUCCCGCAGCCUGUCCCGGCUGAGGGAGUACCGCACACGGACGAGGAUCAUGCUGGCCCUGGGAGUCUCUCAGAUGGUCCUGGGGAGUCUCAUCCUGGCGGUCAGCUUCGCGGCUCUGGCGCUCACCACAUCGCCCAGAGUGCGGCACUCAUGUCCCUUCUGGGCAGGCUUUUCUGUUCUGCUCUCUGGACUCAUUGGAGUGGUGUCAUGGAAGAGGCCGCUGUCUCUUGUGAUCACAUUCUUCAUGCUGCUGUCUGCAGUGUGUGUAAUGCUCAACCUGGCGGGCUCCAUUCUCUCCUGCCAGAACGCUCAGCUCGUUAACUCCCUGGAGGAGUGUAAGCUGUGCGGAUGUGUGGUCAACCCUCCUCCCCCCCAGGUACCAUUUGACAACGACGGAGUGUGUGUCUGCUGCGAGCAACAAAAGCCGAGCACCGGCUGCAACAACCAGGUAGAGACGCUGAAACUGAACCCGCUGCGGGACUGCAACACCAUCCGCCUUCGUCUCAAGGAGCUGCUGUUCAGCGUCUGUGCCCUUAAUGUCAUCUCCACCAUUGUGUGCGCUCUUGCCACCGCGAUGUGCUGCAUGCAGAUGGUGUCAACUGAUGUACUGCAGAUGUUCAUGCCGCACAGAGCUCGAGCCUUAAAUGCUGAGUGUAUGACCCCUCAUGGUACCAUCCUACAUCAGACCCUGGACUUUGACGAGUUCAUUCCUCCCAUCCCUCCGCCACCGUACUACCCCCCCGAAUACACAUGCACUCCUUCAAUGGAUGGACAAAGAGGGCUGCAUCUGGACUUCCCACACUCCCCCUUCAGCGCCAUCUAUGGGGUGCCAAUAAACAGCCCGGGAACCCUUUAUCCAACUGACCUGCCCCCUCCGUACGAGUCUGUGGUGGGUCAGACUCCUGCCAGCCAGGUCACCACCAGUAACGAGCAGCAGGCCACCGAGUCCAGUCUGUGUGACAGAAACACCACAGCAGGAUUCAGCACGCAGGCCUCAGUUGACAGCGCGUCGCUGAUGGUGUCAGAGGUGGCUGACCCGGACCAGACCUGCUCCUCCGAGGACCUGUGCUCCCUGGAGGUCCAGGGCUCUGACUCGUCUCCGUUUGGCACGCUGCAGACUGCCCCCACCGAUGGCAGCUGCACCAGCCUUGAACUCUGCGCGCGCAUCUCCUCCCGCUGCCAUCGCGGCAUGCCUAACACCGACGCUCGCCCCAGUGACACAGGAUACAGCGAGUCCUCGCACACCCAGGACUCAAUGGAACGUUCCCCGGAUUGGUCCUCAGAAAACUUUAGCAACCUGGACCAGGAGGAUUCUACAGAAAACACACAUCCAUGUGAGGAGCUCAGGGCUGCAAUGCACAUGUGUGACGAGCUGGCCUCAGCCAAACAUUUACCAGAGGAGCCACCAAAAGCCCAGACACAUUCCCUAAUCAAAGCGAGAAUGAUGAGCAGGAAGCUCACCUUACCCGUAACUAUCCCCCCACCACCACAGCCUUGCUCCCCAACCUCAGUGGCCUCCUCUGGUGGAACUUCUGCCAUGAGCCCUUUGGCUCCCUCUCCUUCCCCCUCUCCUCCCAUCAGACCACGAGGCCCCAGGCUGUGUUUCAGUGUUUGGUCACCCUCCUCCUCUUCACAGCCCCCCUCUACCUCAGCCCAGAGUGGCCAGUCGCCCUCAGAGAGGCCUCGGGUCCACAGAACAGCCAGGAGGUACCGCAAACUGGCACGCAUCGUCCGCUCCACCAGUGACCCCAUCUCCUGCUCCACCACGACAGGAAGACAAAACUGUGGCUGCACCACUGGAAGUAACCCAGCUGCUGCAGGUUCAGCUCGUACUUCUCCAGAGCAGGAGCCGAGAGAUGUUUCGGCAGAAGUAGCCGGAGCGAAGCCUGGUCUCGUAGCUGUCGCAAAGCAGCAGCAGCAGCAGCAGCAAAAGGAGGGCAGGAAAGUUGACAUCCACCUUAAACCCCGAGCCCUUCACACGCACCUCUCCCAUGAGCGUCCACACUCGCUGGCUGACCUUAAGAUGUACAAAGACACAAAAAUAUUAGUGGCCAAAUUCCUGGAGCACUCCAGCAGCAGUAGUCUACCUCCAGAAGUCCAGCAGGUUGUCAACAACAUCAAGUGUGUGAUCAAAUCGGAUGAGAAACACAUGGAGGAGGCCAUCUUCAGUGCCAAUGUCAUCGAUCAGGUGAUGACCCAGCGCAUCAUCAGCAGUCCCAGGAAACGGGACCACGAGGACAUCCAUCUCCAGAGCUGCGGUGCUUUGAGUUCCUCCCCGUCCCCGUCUAUGUGCCGUUCGAAACAUCACCCACAGAAAACCAGCUCCACAAGCAACUCACAGGGCUCCCCUUCCUCUGAUCAAAGCCUCGAGUGCAGAGAAACCAUUCUCUGACCACUCGGGUCAAGACUCUGAUGGCAUUCCGGUGCGCCGACGUUGCUGCCCUGUGCAGCGGAUGUCUGCAGAGUGAUUAAAACCUUUCCAGACGUUAUGGGAUCAUUGUUUGCUCAGUGUGGCUGCAGUACAAAGCAUCUGAAAUGCUCCCACACUGCCAGUAGUGCCCUGUGAGACAGUGCCAAGUCAUCAGCAGAAAUGGUAGCAAACUCGGUCAGAGCCUGCGAGUGUCUGUAGUGGCUUCUUUUUCUCGUUCGAAACAAACAAAAGAAUGUUUUUUCUCCCUCAGGGGACCUUUUCUACUGAAUUGCAUCUCCUUAUAAAAAGAAAACUACAAACUCAGCUGGUUAAGCCUGGAUCCACGGCGUAGACGCAGAGAAAUCUCUGUUGUCUGUAUUCCUUUUGUCCUCAUGAAAAACAAAGAUGAAUAUGUUUGUAUUAAACUGUAACCUGAACCGAUGGGAUGGGCACCGCUGGCCAUUGUUUGCUGACUUGUGGAAGUGUUCCUGAUAAGGUGGUGAAUAUUUUGUGGUUCAAAAACAUCACAAAUGUGGAUUAUUUAACUUACCUCAUUGUGUUGGAAUUCUUAUCAGUGUUACAAUAAAAUAUACAUUUUUUAAUUUUGA